UCUUCCGUGUAACCGCCUUCUCGCUCGCGGUGGUUUCUGGGAGACGGCCUGCUGUAGUGUGGCUCUGCGUGUUUUCUUCAGCGUGAGUCCGGUUUCCUUUCUGUCGGGGUAAUGGCUAGUGCAGCAGUAGCCGCCACCGCAGCAGUGGUCGGUGUCACCAGCGGGUCGAGCCGUAAGCGGAUGCUGAGGGAAGAAGACAUGACGAAAGUGGAGUUUGAGACGAGUGAGGAAGUGGACGUGACUCCCACCUUCGACACCAUGGGACUGCGGGAGGAUUUGCUCAGAGGCAUCUAUGCGUAUGGGUUUGAGAAGCCGUCCGCCAUCCAACAGAGGGCAAUUAAACAGAUAAUUAAAGGCAGAGAUGUAAUUGCACAAUCACAGUCUGGUACAGGCAAAACAGCAACAUUUUGUGUGUCUGUCCUUCAGUGUUUGGAUAUUCAGCUCCGGGAAACUCAAGCGUUGAUUUUAGCACCAACUAGAGAAUUGGCUGGACAGAUUCAAAAGGUUCUUCUUGCUUUGGGUGACUACAUGAAUGUGCAGUGCCACGCAUGCAUUGGGGGAACCAACGUAGGAGAAGAUAUCAGAAAACUGGAUUAUGGACAGCAUGUUGUUGCUGGCACACCAGGCCGUGUCUUUGAUAUGAUUCGGCGCAGAAGCUUAAGAACGCGGGCGAUUAAAAUGCUUGUUCUGGAUGAGGCUGAUGAGAUGCUUAACAAAGGUUUCAAGGAACAGAUUUAUGAUGUGUAUAGGUAUCUGCCACCAGCUACACAGGUGUGCCUGAUCAGUGCCACGCUUCCUCAUGAGAUCCUGGAAAUGACCAAUAAGUUCAUGACCGAUCCCAUCCGUAUCCUGGUGAAACGUGAUGAGUUGACGCUGGAAGGCAUUAAGCAGUUCUUUGUGGCAGUGGAGCGGGAAGAAUGGAAGUUUGACACCUUAUGUGAUUUGUACGACACACUCACCAUUACACAGGCUGUGAUUUUCUGCAACACAAAAAGGAAGGUUGAUUGGUUGACAGAGAAAAUGAGGGAGGCUAACUUCACUGUGUCGUCAAUGCAUGGUGACAUGCCCCAGAAGGAGAGAGAGUCCAUCAUGAAAGAAUUCAGAUCUGGUGCCAGUCGUGUACUGAUUUCCACUGAUGUCUGGGCAAGAGGUUUGGAUGUUCCGCAGGUCUCCCUUAUCAUUAACUAUGACCUUCCUAAUAACAGAGAAUUGUAUAUCCACCGAAUUGGUCGUUCAGGACGUUAUGGAAGAAAAGGUGUUGCAAUUAACUUUGUAAAGAAUGAUGAUAUCCGUAUCUUGCGAGACAUUGAGCAGUACUACUCUACCCAAAUUGAUGAAAUGCCAAUGAAUGUUGCUGAUCUGAUUUGAAGACUGGAUUAUCUGUAUAGAAGGAUUAUAUGGAACGAUUGACAACACAUUUUAUGUUGGCCGUAUUUCAUUUGUAGAGCAGAUUUUACUGUUUUUGAUCUUUUUACCUUUUAUUUAACGCUUCUGUACAAUGAGUCAAGCAUCCCAUUGUAAACCACUGUAAAUACAUUUGGUGAAUUUUCAAUAAAAAAAAAAUACAAACCUC